CCCCUAUUCCAUACUUUGGCGGGUACAGAGAAGAAGAAAACAAAGAAAAAAAGAAUAUAAAAAAAAAAUGUUCUCACAGAAACAACACAGGAAAAAAAAAAAACCUUUCACUUCACUUCAGAUAGCUGAACUCACUGUACGAACAGUCAUACUUUCUAGAGAGAGAAGAAAGAGAGAGAAAACACCAAAAACACACACUCACUCUGUUUUUUUUUGGUACUCAUAUAAAUCAUAAUCGAUCUAGUUCGAUCUUGAUCAGUGUAAAUUUUUUGCCCUUUUUUUUUCCUUCUUAUUCUUCCAGUUUUUAUUAGCUGGACAAAAGCAGAUUCAGGUAAAAAAAAUGGAGUUGUACAGUCGGUCACAGUCCGAUCAACAGUCGGAAUGGGUUACUGUUGGACCUGAAACCGGUCUAGAAGAAUCAUUGAGGAGGUUGGGGUUGUGGAGCAGGGAUGCAUACCCGGAAAGGUCGGGGACACCCAAUUGCUCCUUCUAUAUGCGUACAGGGUCUUGUGGAUACGGUGCUAAAUGUCGGUAUAAUCAUCCUUCUGAUCGUAGCUCUGUUAGUGCUGUGCUGUUGGAAAGAAGUGAAUAUCCAGAACGAAUAGGAGAGCCUACAUGCCAGUACUAUCUAAGAACAGCGACCUGUAAAUUUGGUGCAUCAUGCAAGUUCCACCAUCCAAGAAACUUAGGUGGAUCCUUGAGCAAUGUAUCACUAAAUGUUUAUGGAUACCCAUUACACCCGGAGGAAAGAGAAUGCUCCUAUUAUUUGAAAACGGGGCAAUGCAAAUUUGGUAUAACAUGUAAAUUCCAUCAUCCUGAUCAGCCUGCUCAGGUAUCAGCGCCAGCAGCUGCCCGUCCAUUCUAUCUGACAGUGUCGUCUCUUCCUGCUCCUCCUGAAGAAUAUAACAGUACAUCAACUAGCUCUAGAGUAGCAAGGCCUCAACUCGUACCUGGUUCUUAUGUACCUGGUACUUAUGGUCCAGUUUUACUUCACCCAGGAGUGGUGACUAUUCAGAACUGGAGCACUUACUCGGGACCAGUAAGUCCUGCACUAUCUCCUGGUGCUCAACCCUCUACUGGGCUGGCAUCUAUUUAUGGGAUAUCGCAACUAGCAUCUUCUACAGCUGCCUUUGCAGCACCUUAUACUCCGUUACACUCUGCUGCUGGCCCUUCAAGCAGUGCAUUUAAAGAAAAAUGUUUUCCAGAAAGACCAGGCCAACCAGUAUGUCAAUAUUACAUGAAAACUGGGGACUGUAAAUUUGGAUCAUCUUGUAAGUUUCAUCAUCCUGCCGACUGGAUUGCAUCAAAGACAAAUUGUGCUUUCAGCCCCUUAGGCCUUCCUUUGCGUCCGUGAUCUGACGGGUAUUGUUAUCUAUCUGGUCCUGCCUGAAAUCGAGAUAACGCCAGGCCUUACUAUGCUGUUGGAUGCAUUGUGAUUUGGAAGGUUUUGUAUGCAUGCUGUUCUUUGCCUGCUCUGCUGCAUGGUUGUCACCGAAUUGUAGUAUAUUCACGGUUCUUCUUGGAGCUAUGGAGAUACUUGCGUAUUGCAUGCUCUGUGCAAUGUAGAGAAACUGUAAAAGGGCAGUCUGACUACGCUUACCUGUUCUGCAUCAGUCGCUGUUCAAGCUUGCUCCAUAUGACUUACUAGGCUGCUGUUAGUUAUCAGUCCUAAGAAAUGAAAACAAAAAACGUUGCAAUUUGAAAAGGUCACGAUAUCCAGCGUUAUUGCCUGUCCCCACAGAUUACAAAUGGUUAAAAUCUCACAAUUCUCUAAUUUUUCAAAUGCCAAAAUGAUGACAGCAUAUCUUCUAGACUUCAAAACAUAUAGAUACACCUAGAGAUGUCAGCCUCCUUGGAUUGUUCCACUAUAAACAAUUAUGUUUGUUAGCAUCUUAAGUCUCUGCAUGAUACAAGAAUACUUCUUUCUUAAAAGCAGUGUAAAUCUCUCUCCUUUCUUUCAUGCCAGUUUUUUAUUAUCCGUGUAGUUUCUACAACACUUACCUUCCUGUAUAACUAAUAAAAGAAUUAUUGCAUUGUUUUCCUUUGGCUUAUGAACGCAGGCUUCAAACGUUUCAUAUCCAUGUACAUUUUAUGUAUUUCUUAUCUCCUCCUUUGUCUAGCUGAGCUUCAAGAUAUCUGAACCUUUUUGUACACUUCUACAUAACUUAUUUGAGCUAGGAGAGAGCAUCUUGUCAAGUCUGAAAGUAUUGCUGUGUGUAACUCGUUAUCUGUUUGGAUACUCUACUAAAUUUCAUUUUGA